AUGGAUCCUGAAGAGAUCUGUUUGGUCGUGAAGAAAGCUGCUGAAACGCUGUCCUGUUCCGAUGCCAAGGCGCAACAACUGAGUCAUGCUCCACCGCCUACAAGCCAAUCAAGCUCAGAAGGAACCAGUUCCAUGCCCCAGGUUACUGUCGAUUGGCUGUAUUUGAUGGCCCACAUUAUUGAUGUGCCCAAAACAGGAUUUCCAGGACCAGUCCUCUACUCUGAGUUUAGCCAAGCUGAAAUGGAGACUAUGUCUGAACUGUCUGUUUCUCAGCAAGGGACAAAUCAUGUUAACUUUGGAUCACAAACAGUUCCUGGAAAUGGUACUGAACUGCCCCAGCCACCAUCACCUGCCCAGCUUCCUCAUAGUGGUCAGCCUGCUACUAGGCCCCAACUUUCCAAUUUGCAUCCUGGACUUGUUUCUGCACCUCUUAGCCCACAGCUGGUGAAUCAGCAGCUGGUUAUGGCCCAGAUAUUAAAUCAACAAUUUGCUGUCAACAGACUCUUGGCACAGCAAUCUCUAAAUCAGCAAUACCUGAACCACCCUCCUGUCAAUCGGACCAUGAAUAAACCAUUAGAACAACAAACUUCAUCAAAUGCUGAAGUGUCUUCCGAAAUCUACCAGUGGGUUCGUGAUGAGUUGAAGCGAGCUGGCAUCUCCCAGGCUGUGUUCGCACGUGUGGCUUUUAACCGAACUCAGGGUCUAUUGUCUGAAAUUCUCAGAAAAGAAGAGGACCCAAAGACUGCCUCACAAUCUUUGCUAGUCAACUUGAGGGCAAUGCAGAAUUUUCUAAACCUGCCAGAAGCAGAAAGGGACCGUAUUUACCAGGAUGAAAGGGAGAGAAGUCUCAAUGCAGCCUCAGGGAUUGGAACUACACCUUUGAUAAGUUCUCCUAACCGUACCCAACAGGUCAAAACGUCCUCCAUUACAACUGAAUGGAAUGGUAAAUCGGAAGGCUGUGCACUUAAUAUUAAUGCUUCCAUUUACGAUGAGAUUCAGCAGGAAAUGAAGAGGGCCAAAGUGUCCCAAGCAUUAUUUGCUAAGGUUGCAGCAACAAAGAGCCAGAGAUGCCAGGGAUACAACAGAUAUGCAGCAGUCCUUGAAGAAGACUGACAGCUGGGCACUGCAACCAAAGGUUAAUGAAGUUCUAGAAAAGGAAAUUUCCUUCUAAGAAGUUGGCAAUCCCAGAUGAUAGUAUUGUCUGAGAGAAUAUGGCCG